AGUGUGUUCUUAACCAUGGUUAAGACUCCACUUUUUUCACCCCUUUAUAUACAAACCGAUCAUCACCGCCUGAACUUCAUAACUCCAACUACGAUGAUCGGAGAAAGGAGUCGCCGGAUUUCGACUGUAGACGUUCCGCCGUGGCCGUACUCAGAUGAUCAAACGGCGAACAUGCACUUCAUGUUAAGCAGCCCUAGUACCCCAAAUUCCAUUUCUACCCCUAAUUUCAGUACUUUUGUUGAAGAUGAUUAUUCUCUGCUUUUCCAGCACGAUGGGGAAGAUAUGGAUGAAAUUGAGUUUGAAAAUCGGGAGAUUGAACUUCCGGUUGAUGUUUACGCUUGUGAUAAUUUCAGGAUGUAUGAAUUUAAAGUGAAGAGAUGUGAACGUGGAAGGUCACACGAUUGGACGGAAUGCCCGUAUGUUCAUCCCGGUGAAAAAGCUCGUCGGAGAGAUCCACGGAAGUAUCACUAUUCCGGUACUGCAUGCCCGGAUUUUCGUAAAGGGAUUUGUAACAGAGGUGAUGGAUGUGAGUUCGCACACGGCGUAUUUGAGUGUUGGUUACACCCUGGUCGCUAUCGUACGCAGCCGUGUAAAGAUGGUGGUAACUGUAAGAGAAGAGUUUGUUUCUUUGCUCACUCGCCUGAGCAACUCAGAGUAGUGUGUCCGGGUUCAGGUUCGGGUUCUGAUCCGUUUGAGAACUCACCUCGACGGUAUGUUAAAUAUUUGCAUUUUGUUUCAUCGCCUGAGUCGAGCUCGCCGCCGACGGAGUCGCCGCCGAUGUCUCCGAUGACGGCGGCGAACUCGUAUAACUCACUGAGUCGAUCACUCGGAUCGAACUCGGUGAAUGACGUAAUGACUUCUUUACGUCAGCUGCAGUUAAACAGGUUGAAUUCCAUGCCUUCAUCAUGGAAUGUACAAAUGGGUUCACCUGUACUCGGGUCACCCAGACGACCCGUUAUCCGACCCGGAUUCUGUAGCUUGCCAGCAACUCCAUCUGGAGAUCCGACCCGACCCAGGAACCGGUGUUUCGAUCUAUGGGAAAAAGGGGAAUGCGAAGAAGAACCUGUUAUGGAGAGAGUUGAAUCAGGGAGGGAUUUAAGGGUGAAGAUGUUUCAGAAGCUGAGCAAGGAGAAUCCACUCGAUGAUCCGGGUCACCCAAAUCCGGAUUUGCAUCCGGGUUCAGGUCCAAACCCGGAUGUCGGGUGGGUUUCGGAUUUGAUCCAGUAAAAAAAAAAUCAAGAAUCAUUGAUCAAUGGUGGGUCUUUUUUUUGUGCUUGUUUAAUUAACUUAGAUUUUUGGAAGCUAUAAAAUUGAAGGAGAUUAUGUAUAUUUUAUAUUUUAUAUAUAUAGUGUGAAUUUAGUGGUAGUAGAUAUGGGGAAUUAUGUUUGGUUGUAAAGGGGAAAGUGAAAAUUUUGGAACUUUUUUUGAGGAAGGAAAUUUAGGGAAGCCAUUAAAAAAAAAUAUUACCCCGAUCUUUGGAAGGAUUUCUUUAUUUUAUUAUAUAAACGUUUAGCCAAAAAUGGCAAAAGUGAAGAUGGGAAUGUAGUGUUGUUUUGAUAUUUGAAGAAUGGCAAAUUGUAAUCCUUCUAAUGUAUGUAUGUACAUUUAUUAUAAUAUUUGUAAUGUUUUUAUUUUUAUUA